AUGGGUGUCUGGCAGGCAGCCCUCGUCAAGAUGGGCGUGGCUCAGCCGGGGCCCAAGAUCACACAGCAGGACCGCGCUGUCUUAGACCUGAAGAACCAGCGCGACAAGCUCAAGCGGUACAUGAAGCAGAUUCAAGUGGUGUUGGACCGCGAGCAGGAGAUUGCCAAAGAGGCCCUCGCCAAGGGUGACAAGCGUCGCGCACUCACCGCUCUCAGGCAGAAGAAGAAUCAGGAGCAGAUGCUGGUCCGGACAGACGGACAAUUGCAGACACUGCAAGAGCUCGUCCGCACCAUCGAGUUCACCCAGAUCCAAGCGGCAGUCGUGCACGGUCUCGAACAAGGUUCGGCCGUCCUCGCACAGCUGCAAAAGGAGAUGUCACUCGACCGCGUCGAGCGUCUUAUGGACUCGUCGCGUGAGGGUAUCGAGUACCAGCGCGAGAUCGAUGAGGCUCUCAUGUCCAACAUGAGCCCCGAGGAAGAGGAAGAGGUGCAGGCCGAGCUGGCACGGUUGGAGGCCGAGGCGAUGCCUGCUAUCCCCAACGUGCCCGAUACCCAGCCCGUGCACCUGCCCGACGCGCCAGUCCAGGAGCCCACCGAGGCACAGCCAGAAGCCGAGAAUGCCCAAGAACGUGUUGCUCUCGCCGCCUAG